AUGGCGGAAAUUAAUUUGCAAAAGGUCCACGAUGAUCUUGUGGCCAUCGCCUUCGAGGCGGGAUCCAUGAUCAUGGCUGCGAACCCAAACAGCAUCUCGACCGGCACGAAGCUCAAUUCCGUCGACAUUGUGACCGAGACUGACCAGGCCGUCGAAAAACACGUCACCACUCGCCUGCAGACCCUCUACCCCAAAUUCCUCUUCGUCGGCGAGGAGACAUACGUAGCAGGCGAGACCAAGAUCACCGACGAGCCCACCUUCAUCGUCGACCCCAUAGACGGCACGACGAACUUCAUCCACGGUUUCCCGAACGCAUGCAUCUCUCUCGGCUUCGCCGUGGGCCGCAAGCCGAGCGUGGGCGUCGUCUACAACCCCUUCCAGGACCUGCUGUACACGGGCAUCGCCGGGCACGGCGCCUACGCGCAGCGCAACGCCUCGCUGGCCGCGCGCGGGAUCCUGAAGGACGGCUCCGAGGGCUGCGAGAGGGUGCGGCUGCCGGCGGCGGGCAGGGGCGACGGCAAGAAGGCGCCCGCGCUCGGCGACCUCUCGACCGCGCUGGUGGCCUGCGAGUGGGGCAGCAGCCGCGACGGGCCCAACUUCGACGUCAAGGUCGAGACGUUCCGCAGGCUCGCGGCGAGCAAGGAGACGGGGGGCGCGAUGGUCCACUCGAUCCGCAACCUGGGCUCCGCGGCGCUGAACCUCUGCGCCGUUGCCGAGGGCGGCCUCGACGUGUACUGGGAGGGCGGGUGCUACGCGUGGGACGUGUGUGCGGGCUGGUGCAUCCUUGCCGAGGCCGGUGGGAUCGUCGCGAGUGGGAACCCCGGGGACUGGGACCCGCCGCUGGACUCGAGGGUCUACCUUGCUGUGAGGGGCGCGCCCAGCGGCCAGAAGGAGCUUGUGGAGGAGGUGUGGAAGAUGUUCAGCUCCCGGAACUCGGCUUCGCGCAGCGAGAUACUCGUGCCUACUCGCAUAUCUGAGGUGUUCAGAGUUGAAGAGAUGACAAAUUGUGCGCUCGAGAAGAACUUGCACAAGUAUUGA